AUGUUUCCAUGUCAUCUUUUUUUAAGGACAAUCACACUUCAGCAGAGUCGUCUGAAGACGGAGUCCCAACGAUCAAAAGAAAGGUUAUGGAAACUUCAGCAGAGUCUUCUGAAGACGGAGUCCCAACGAUCAAAAGAAGGGUUAUGGAAACUUCAGCAGAGUCUUCUGAAGACGGAGUCCCAACGAUCAAAAGAAGGGUUAUGGAAACUUCAGCAGAGUCGGCAACCUCCCAAAAGGAAAAUUGGCCACCAGUUAUCGGACACUGACAGCUCAAUAGAAGAGGUCAUCCAAGAAGAGGUCAUCCAAGAGAGGCGUCUGAUUACCCCCUUCACAAAUUUAAUAAAAAAGGCUAAAAGAAAAGGCCAAGAUAUUGUGAAGUUCUUAGAAGAGGCAGAGGAAGAUGUGCCGAUAUCUUUAUCAGAUUUGGACGAUGAGCAGAUUUCUUUUUCCGACGAUGACCCGGACUGGGAGGCGGGGGCAGAAGGGCCUUCGUCAUACAAGGGGAAAGAAUUGGAGGUUUUUUUGAAUGUACCAAAUUUAAUUACAAGACAUAUUUGGCAGGCCUUUGUGAGCCCAAACACGGCGAACAUUUUGGGGAAAAACAAAUGCCUAGACCAAAGGGUGUGCGUCAAAACCCUGAAAUUUCACACAAAAAAAGAGGAACAUAAAGGGAAUCCAGGAAGAGGGACUCUGUCCGGAGGAGGAAGAGGAGGAAGAGGGACUCCGUCCGGAGGAGGAGGAAGAGGGACUCCGUCCGGAGGACGAAGAGGAAGAGGGACUCCGUCCUCCUCCUCCUCCGGUCGAAAAGGGACUCCUUCCGGAGGAGGAGGAGGAAGAGGGACUCCGUCCGGACGAGGAGGAGGAAGAGGGACUCCGUCCGGAGGAGGAGGAGGAAGAGGGACUCCGUCCCUCCGCCUUCACACCUACUUUUAG